AUGGAAGAAAUAUACAGUAACCCCGAGCUCUACGGGCUGAGACGAAGCCGCAGGUCGCAUGAAAUGCCCCAAAUGUACGACAGUGGUGAUGAAAACAGCGACGCUGAAAUGCAAAACACGGGCAGACGCCGUGUCCGCAAAGCUGUUGAGGACGAAAGCGCGAGCGAAGGUGACGACGACGCAGAUGCUACAGACGAGGAGGACUUUGGGUUUCACCGCCCUAAACGAGGGUCAACGACCAAGUCAAAGAACAGAAAGUCUAGAAGCAAGUCCGUUGACCCUGAGGACGAGGCGCUUUCUCAUUAUGCUCCGGCAAUGCGGUUUUCGACCCGUAAUUCCAAAACUAUCAACUACGCUUUAGACAGCGGUAACGACGACGACAGCAACAGCGACAGUGACUUGAGUGACAGUGGUGACAGAAGUAGCCGUCGUUCAAACACGGUCGAACCCGUUGAGGGCGAGGCUGUUGACGCUGUAGAGCAGGUCCUCGACCAUCGCAGACUCCCCGAUGCUCCUGAAGACGAUUCAGUUUUCAAGAACCCAAAAGAAUAUUUCGAAUUCUACAUCAAAUGGCAAGGUUAUUCCCAUUUACACAAUACCUGGGAAAAGAAUAGCGACCUCUUGGAGUACAAAGGAUAUCGCCGCUUGGAAAACUAUAUUCGCCAGUUUGUGAUCUUGGAUCACGAAAUCCGUACCGACCACCUGACUACCAGAGAAGAUAUUGAGGCUAUGGACAUCGAGCGAGAACGUAUCCAUGAUACCCACGAGGAAUACAAAACGGUUGAACGUAUCGUUCUGUCUGAUCGUGUGACUCUGGAAGACGGUCGCAUGGGCCUGCAGUAUUUCAUCAAAUGGAAGCAUCUUAACUACGACCAAUGUACCUGGGAAGAUGCCGGUACCAUUGCUGAGAUUGCACCCAGUCAGGUAGAUCAGUUCACUGCUCGCCAAAGCUCUAAGAUCUCCCCCCAGUAUUCGGUCACAUACCCACCCAAUAACCGCCCGAGAUUCGAGAAAUUGGUUGAACAGCCCGAAUAUAUCAAAGGUGGAAUACUUCGUGAUUUCCAAAUGACCGGUAUUAACUGGAUGGCCUUCCUGUGGUCUCGUAACGAGAACGGUAUCUUGGCGGAUGAAAUGGGUCUAGGCAAAACGGUGCAGACGGUAGCGUUCUUGUCAUGGCUGAUUUACGGUCGCAAGCAGAACGGGCCCCAUCUCGUUGUUGUUCCAUUAUCCACUAUCACAGCAUGGCAGGAAACUUUCGACUUUUGGGCACCUGAAGUCAACUACAUCAUGUAUAUCGGAAAUACACAGGCUCGGAAGGCACUUAUUGACUAUGAAUUCUAUGUCAACCCUUAUGCUGCCAAUAAAAAGCCCAAGUUUAAUGUUCUGAUCACUACCUAUGAGUACAUUUUGAAGGACAGGUCCGAGUUGGGAUCCAUCAAGUGGCAGUUCUUGGCCGUCGAUGAGGCUCAUCGCUUGAAAAAUGCUGAAUCGGCGCUCUAUGAGUCUCUGUCUGAGUUCAAAGUUGCCAACCGUUUGCUCAUCACAGGUACUCCAUUGCAGAACAAUAUCAAAGAGCUCGCAGCUCUAGUUGAUUUUUUGAUGCCAGGUCAGCUGACCAUCGACCAAGAAAUUGACUUUGAGCAACCCGAUGAAGUUCAGGAAGAGUAUAUUCGUGAUUUGCAUCGCCGUCUCCAACCAUUUAUUUUGCGUCGUCUCAAAAAAGACGUGGAAAAGUCCUUGCCCUCGAAAACUGAGCGUAUUUUGCGGGUGGAAUUAUCGGAUAUGCAAACUGAUUAUUACAAGAACAUUAUUUCACGCAACUAUUCUGCACUCAACUCUGGUCCUAAUGGUGGCAAUCAAAUGAGUUUACUGAAUAUCAUGGCUGAGCUCAAGAAGGCAUCGAAUCAUCCCUAUUUGUUCCCUAACGCCGAGAAUCAAUUCAAUGAGUCUCAACCAAAUGGUGGUAAGAGCCGCGAGGAAAUUCUUCGUGGAAUGAUCAUGAAUUCUGGUAAAAUGGUCCUUCUAGACAAACUUCUAGGCCGGCUCAGGAAAGACGGUCACCGCGUCCUUAUUUUCUCGCAAAUGGUACGAAUGCUCGACAUCCUUGCUGAUUACUUGAGUAUACGUGGUUUACCGUACCAACGCUUGGAUGGUACAGUUCCAUCUGCGACAAGACGGGCAGCUAUUGAUCAUUUCAACGCACCCGACUCUCCCGAUUUUGUUUUCUUGUUAUCUACUCGUGCCGGUGGUCUAGGUAUCAAUCUCAUGACUGCAGAUACUGUUAUCAUUUUUGAUUCAGACUGGAAUCCCCAGGCCGAUUUACAAGCCAUGGCUCGUGCCCAUCGUAUCGGCCAGAAGAAGCACGUGAUGGUUUAUCGAUUCGUGGCUAAAGAUACCGUUGAGGAGCAGGUUCUUGAGCGAGCUCGCCGAAAGAUGAUUCUCGAGUAUGCUGUUAUUUCGCUUGGUAUCACUGACAAGUCAUAUCAAAAGAAAACUGAUCCAUCGACUUCCGAACUCAGCGAAAUUCUCAAGUUUGGUGCUGGAAAUAUGUUCCAGGCAAAUAAUAAUCAACGCAAGCUUGAAAACAUGAACCUUGAUGAUGUUUUGGACCAUGCUGAGGACCAUGUUACAACCCCAGAUCUUGGUGAAUCACAUCUUGGUGGUGAAGAGUUUUUGAAACAAUUCGAAGUAACUGACUACAAGGCGGAUGUUACCUGGGACGAUAUCAUUCCUGAAGCUGAGCUCUCCAAGAUCAAAGAGGAAGAGCGAAAACGCAAAGAAGAAGAGUUCCUCAAGGAACAAAUUGAAAUGUCACAGCGACGCAGAACAACUGUGAACUUGUCUGGUCAAGAUACCGAAAAGGAGGACGAGGAAGAAGACCACAAGAAGAAACACCGCAAAGGUGCCAACGCUGGAGCAAAUGCUGCUACAGCAAAGGAACUUAGCGAAAAAGAAAUUCGAGCAUUAUACAGAGCUAUUUUGAGGUUUGGUGAUAUUGAUUCGAUGUGGACCAAGCUGUUUAAUGACGGUAACUUGCCUAAUCGUCGGCCAGAUCUCAUCAAAGAGGCCUGGGCAGAUCUCAUGGCCACCGCCAAAAAGGAAGUGGAUGUCGAGCAUACAAAACGCGAAGCUGAAGCGAAAAAGGAAGCUGAACAAGCAGUAGCUGCCGCUGCUGCUAAUAAUGCUGCCAAGCCAGAAGAGGGAGCCAACGGCACCCCCGGUGCCCAAACCGCGCCAUCAAAGGUGUCGCUUUUGAAAAAGAAAGAGAAGCGGGCCAUUCUUAUUGAAUUCCGCAAAGUCAAGAAUAUCAAUGCUGAGCUGAUUCUUCAGAGACCGCAAGAUAUGAAAUUGCUUCGCGAGAUCGUACCAGCAGGUAACUUAGGCUGGGUCCUCAACAAGUCUGUCAAACCCGUAAAUGAUUGGACUUGUCCCUGGACCAUUGAGGACGACUCAAGACUUUUGAUGGGUGUUCGUAAAUAUGGAUAUGGAGCCUGGACUUUGAUCCGUGAUGACCCCACUCUCAAGCUGGGCGAUAAGCUUUUCUUGGAGACAAAGGAUGAUAUCAAAGCCACUAAAGUCAAGUCGGAACCCGUUCCUGCUGAAAGCAAAGAGGGCACCCCUGCGGGGGGUGGAGACAGUGCAAGCACUGCUGCGGACAAAAAGAAAAAGAAUCCAGUGCCGGGUGCCGUUCAUCUCGGUCGCCGUGUUGACUACUUGAUGCUUGUUCUCAAGGGCGAAGAUGACCCCCAAAGGCCGUCAACGUCGGCUUCAGUUGGCUCAACAUCAUCAAGAAAACGUAAAGUCGACAAGGAUGGAACACCUCGCCAAGACUCACCUGCAGGUGGUCGUGUCAACGGUAGUCACCCAGCUCGACCGGCCAAAAAGCCCCGUCCAGCUAAAGACAAAGCUGGAAAGGACCGCCCAAAGCCAGCAGCCAAGAAACCUGAAAAAUCUGAAAAAUCUGCAACGGCUGAGCCCAGCGGCGGCGAAAAAGAGUUCGAGUCAAUGGAUGAGCUGCAAUGCAAGAGCGCACUUGACCCAGUUCGGUCCCAUCUCAAACUCCUCAAACGAGGCAAUCCAGAUGGGCUUGAUCGCAAUACCUAUGGAGCUUUGCUGAAGCGAGAGCUGUUGACUAUUGGUGAUUUUAUCGAGAAAAAAGUGGCCGAUGCCCCAAAUCGGGAACAGCUGCAAAAGCACCUCUGGUCCUAUGCGAGUAGGUCUUGGCCCGUGAAGGUGGCCUCACGCAAAAUUAUGGCAAUGUACAAGAAGAAACGAGAAGAGUAA